AUGCUUCAAAAUAAGAUCCUAAUUCUCUUCUCUCUUCUAAUUUUCUCCACAAACGCAUCAAUGUUUGCUCUUCGAAAACGCGCCAACGUCGCGCCAGCCAACUUGGAGCAAGAAGAACAACGUCAUCGGGCUGAAACGAUUGAAAAAGGCCAAAAAGAGUAUCGGAAUUUGAUGGAAGCGAUCGCUCAUCUUAAAAAUCCAAAUCUUCUGGACUUCCUGAAAUUCGAUGGACCAUCUGAGCAGGAGGAGCAAAUUCCGAGGUUGUGUGGAAUGAAAUUGGUGGAAAAAGUGGCUAGUUUGUGUCAAAAUGGAUGUCAAUUGGGAUACGACAUCUCAUCGUCUGUCUGUUUCCACGGAUUCUCCGAUGCUGAGCUGAUCCAGGAGUGCUGUCCAUCGACCUACCGCAAUCCGGCGAUCCCGAAGAAUUUUGUAUUCUGA